UUCUCAACCUUCUCAAUUUUCUGAGGAAAUCGGUUAUUUAGCUCUCUUUCAUGACAUUUGGAUUUAUUUCUUAAGUUGCUUCAUUUGUGUCAUGCGUGUGAGUGAGCAACAAAAGUCGCGUUAGUCGCGAAAAAUUUCGUUCAUAUAAAUAUUCAACUUGGUCGAUAUUGAAUAAAAACCUCGCUGAAAGACAAAAAUUCAUUAGCUUUUAUAUUCACAAUACCUUGUAUUCAUGGCGUAGUGCAACAGAAAAUCGCACAAUUCGUCUAGAUUUGAAAUGUAGGGAUGAUGAAGAAAAAAGGAAGUGUAAACGAGUGUAGUGGUGUUCCCACAGUGAAAAAUAGAGGAAAAUCUCGUUCACUCACUAGAAAUGUGUAAAUAAGGCUGUUACAAAACAUUUUGAAGUGUGUGUGCGUGCGUAGAAAAUAUAAUUUUUCAUGUGGAAAAAGCUAUAAAAAUUAGUUCAAAGUGAAGUGCGUAAAAAUUUAUAAGGGCGCUACAAGGCAGAAGGCGGCGAGUUACAAUAGCGACCUUUGGAAAAUUCUGCUACACGGUGGAAGGCGAAAAUGAGUUCGAGUUGCAGCAGUGAAAGUGUAUGCAAAGGAAAUAAGUGUUCGAUUGUCGAAAAUUAGCUGAUAUUGCAAUCCAACUCAAAGCACACUGUAUUCCCGUGGGUGGGUGGGCGGUUGAUAUGGACGGCAGUGCUAAUUUUCAAAGCAAGCAAUUUACAAAGGAUGGGAUAGAAUGGGUGGAAAUCAUCGAGCCACGCACCAAGGAGCACAUGUAUGCCAAUCUUACAACUGGCGAGUGCGUUUGGGAUCCACCGCAAGAUGUACCAAUUAAGCGCACCGACUCAUCACAGUGGUGGGAAUUAUUCGAUACGAAUACGCAACGGUUUUACUACUACAACGCGGCAACACAAAAGACCGUAUGGCAUCGGCCGAGUAAAUGUGAUAUCAUACCGCUGGCAAAAUUGCAAACGCUCAAACAAAAUACGGAUCCGAGUGAUCGAAAGGAGAACAGUACACAAACGCAACAUAUCGCCGGUUCACAGUCACAAUCCCAAUCGCAAUCACAGUCACCAUUGGCGGCGGUCGGAAAGUUGCGUACACAACGGAGCGCUGCACGUGAAUCAGCAGGAUUGGUGGCCAUGAAUAAUACGAAUACUGGUGGUAGUGGCGGAAGUGCGGGUAAACGUAGCAGCGCGGGUGUGGAAGACCGGGGAGGAGGAGGCAUGGGUGAUUCAAAAGUCAACAGUUUGCCGCUGCAGGCAAGUUCGGAGGAGAAGCUCUCCGCAGAAUUAAUUUCUAGUCCACGUGGUCGUCAUAGCUUUCGCGUUGGAACGGGUGAUUCAUCUUCGUUUACGGACAUGAAACCAUUCGCCUCGAGGCGCUCACAAGAUUCAUCAAAUCACUACAAAGAGUCUGGAAAGUCCAGCGAUUCCAGUCUGUCUAGUAUACAUGGUUAUCGACGCUUUAAUGAAGCUGGCGUUGGUGAGAACUUACUCUUAAGUUCACUACAGAAGCAGCGUACACGUAAAGAGGGCAGCUUUGAUUUGUUUCAAGAGAGCAGUAGUUCACAUAAUUUACCGCAUACAUCAUCCUACGGUGGCGGCGGUAAUAGUGGUGUUACAAGCGAUACAUAUUUCGAUCGUCAUUAUCAACAGCCGCCAACGCAAACACAUUCACCGCAGCAGCAACAACUUUUUCCGGGACAUAAUUUUCCAGGCUACUGCUCGUCCAAGUCGUCGGACAUUGCCCCGCCAACGCAUUCGGCGCAUACACCGCAGCCAAAGAGGAAAAUCUCACCCGAAAGUGGCAGCAGCGUGGUGGGCUCAAGUAUGAGCAGCGGUAGCGGUCAGUACCCAGCUGGUCAAUAUCCGCCACUGGCAUAUGCGCAUCAAAGACACUCGCAGCAGCAGACACAACGCGUGCAACGUUGCAGUGGCGGUGGAAGUUCGGGGGGACGGCACCGUGGUACGGCAGAAUAUGCAGGCGAACAUGAUCGAGAAUAUAAGGUGUCAUUGGCGCGCUCUGGCAGUUUCAUGUCAUCAUCCGUUAACUCCACAGCUACUGGCCACCACGGUAAGUCAUAUCGCAAGUCCAGCGGCGAAGCGAAUGGUGGAGCGGCUAGCGAUGAUUCAAUGCAUGAAAAGUAUUUCAAAUCCGUAGAAAAUACGCCUUUGUCGCGCAGGCGUCACACUGCCGCCGUCAAGUCGGCAAGUGGCGAUGGUACUGGAGGUGGUGGUCUUGGAACUAGUGGCAUCGGAAGUUGUAAGAAGCAUUCGAGUGAUUCAAGUCCGCAGAGUCCAAUUAGUCCUCAGAUAAAAUCUAAACCCUCAAAAACCGCGAAUAAUGUGCUCGGCAGCGGUUCUGUCACGAAUAGUACAUUGCACUCUCCCGGUCAUUCACCGAUAGCUUCUUCACAUACCCAACACUGCAAGCAAGAUUUCUCUUGUAGCCUAGAACUUUUGAAUUUGGAGCGUAUGACUUUGAAUAAAUCCACAUCGCCGCAUUUAAGUGAUGUUGUCGCUGCCUCCUCCUCGACAUCACCAAAUAACCUUACAAGCACUACGGUGGGUAUGGAAAAUUUUCCUUCAUCGGAUAAUAUUGGUGGCGCGCUGACACAUUCUUCGCGCAGUUCGAAUGAUUCGCGCAGCAAGCAGCCGUUGUCAACAAAUGCGCGCACACAUCACAAGCAAACACCAACACAACAGCAGCCAUCGCAUCAUCUUUACCAGAGUAGUCAAGAUAAUCGUUCUGCUGGUUUGAUGCGUCAUAACUCAACUAGCCUGGAUAAACACGCAAUUCGCCGUUCAAAUGAGCAUUACAUUAAGCAUGACCAUCGUCGUUCACGUGGCGCUCGACAACAGAGCAAUCUACUUAACGCCGAUAAUAGUGAUGUGGAGUAUGACAACGGUAAUACAUCACCGCUUUACAGCAAUUGGGAUCAGGAAAUGCACGAACACCUUCUACCAUUGAAGAAUUACAUAAUGGAACAGGCAAAAUUAUCUGGGCACUAUGUGUUCGGUGAUCCCAUCGAUUCAGACUCCUAUCAUUCAGAUAGUCAAUCUGAACAUUCGCUCUCCGGUCAUGAACCAGACAACGAAGAUUCGGAUGGUGGCUCGGACACACAUGGCGGUUAUUUGGAACAUAAUUAUGGCAUGAUCGAUGACUAUGCCAAUGUGGAUGAUAGCGUGUCCUAUUACGGAUAUCAAUACCCUCCGUAUGAUCCUUCAGGACGCGAGGAUAUUUCGGACAAUGUAGAGGCCGUCCUCGAGGGUAUUGGCAGUCAAGGCGCUGAACGUGCCUCCGAAUUUACACAAAAACCAAAGCAGCGAUAUCAAAUCUCCUUUUAUGAUACAGCGCACAGUACAACUGCACAACAGCAGCAGCAAUAUCAACAAAAACAACAAGCACAGGCCCAUCAUCAGCCCGCAUUGCAAUCACAAGCACAAGCACAGAAAAAUCAACUUUAUUCCAAUGCAUCAUCUCUUGCGCUACAGCACCACCUGCCACUACAACCAUCGCUGCCACCACAUCAGCACCUUCAACUGGAUGCUGAGUCAAAGCAACAGCAAUCACAAACGCUACCCUCACCUAAUCGACAAAUUUCACGCAUCGCUCAAUUGGGCGGCAUCAGCGGUGCUCUUGGUACUGAUGGUAAUAAUGAUGGUGUUGUUGGUACUGGGGGUGGUAGUGUACGUCUGCAUCAUUAUGCUAAAGAUGAAAAUGUUGUUAUAGUGGGCGCAGGAACAGUUAAUUUGUCGCGUACAAGCAGAUUGACACCACCGUCGCUAAAGCCGACAAUACAGCAGAUAUUUCCCCCCAGCGAGUGUGCGCCAACUAAUCUAGGCGGUUUGCCCACCAUGCUGGUCUGCAUGAAGGAAUGUGAUAUUGAGAAAUUUGCCGCUGACAAUUUGAAUUUGCAUUCGAAGGGAAUUUUUCGUAAAAAGUCUUCCGUACGUGAUAUGCUCAGCUGGACUGCGGAACCCAUUAGCCGGCCCAUGUUAGCGUUGUCACGUGACAAAGCAGACAAGAAAACUGCCAUUGAACUCUUCAAAUUGGUGCAAAUUUACAUGGGCGAUCGGAAAGCACGCGCUGGCAUGAGUCUCAAUUCGGUAGUGAUUGAUAUAAUUGUGGCAGCGCUGCCUCAGCAACAACUUCGCGAUGAAUUAUACGUGCAGCUAUGCCGUCAGACCACGGAAAACCCAAAGCGUGAUUCUCUCAUACGUGGCUGGGAGUUGAUGGGUAUUUGCUUGUCUUUUGUGCCACCAUCACCCACUUUUCAGCCAACAUUAUUAAAUUACAUGAAUCGCCAUCGCGACCCCUCCUUCGCUACAUCAUUCCCGGAGGUAGGCAAAUGGCCCAUACACGUACAGAUCUCUCACUAUGCUACUGUUUGCUGUCGACGUUUGGAUCGCAUCGGCAGCCAUGGUCGUCGGCAGGCAAAGAGGCCCACCGAAGAUGAAGUUGAACAGGCGAGGAAUCAGAUUCUACGCGUUAGCAUGUUUGGCAAUACCAUCGCUGAGGUAAUGGACUUGCAAAAGGAUAAGUUCCCAUUCCGUAAAUUGCCAUGGAUACAAACCACAUUAUCAGAACAUGUUUUGCUUUUGAAUGGCAAACAAACGGAGGGAAUUUUCCGAGUCUCUGCCGAUGUGGAUGAGGUCCACUGCUUGAAGAGCCGUUUAGAUCGGUGGGAAGUUCCUGAUUAUAAAAAUAGCUUGGUGGAUGCGCAUACGCCCGCUAGUCUAUUGAAACUGUGGUAUAGAGAAUUGUAUGAUCCUCUCAUACCGGACCAGUUAUAUGAGGAAUGUGUUAAUACGGAGGAUCCGGCCAAGGCCAAAGAAAUUGUUGAUAAGCUGCCUGAACUUAAUAAGUUGGUUUUAACCUACCUGGUGCACUUCUUACAACAAUUCUCUCAUGCCGAUGUGGUGAGCUGCACCAAAAUGGACUCAUCCAAUCUGGCAAUGGUUUUUGCCCCGAAUUGCUUGCGCUGCACCUCGGAUGAUCCGAAAGUGAUAUUGGAAAAUGCGCGCAAAGAGAUGGCAUUUAUGCGCACACUCAUACAAAACAUGGAUACAACGCAUGUGGCGAAUCUCACUUGAGAGCGCUAUGAGGACUGAAUUUAGAUUAACAAGAAAAUAAUAAAAAAAAAGAAAAAACAAAUAAGUGAUCGAUUGUAAAGCAGGGGAAAGAGUAGUAGUAGCGUAAAAAAGAGAAAAACCAAAAUAAAGCAAAUGUUAAGAGUAUUGCGAUUUUUGUAUUUUUGUUUCUGUUUUUGUUAAUAACAACGCGUUAUAAUGUAUGUAUUUAAAAAUGUAAUAUGAAAUACUCAUUUGGCAAGCAACACCGCAGAUUUUCAAAAAAAAAAAGCCAAAAAACAGCUAAUCAAAUAGUUAAAUAGUUAUAUGUGUAUACAGUACAUUAGCAUUAUAAAAUAUUUAGUAUUACAUACUCAUAGCAUACUUAAAUUUAUAAAUAGUAACUAGUAAAGCGUUGUAUUUACAAUUGGGUCACACGCACAAUACUCGUGCAUAAAUGUACAUAUAUAUAUGUAUAUACAAAUGUGUGUUUUCGCAUGCAUAGAUACAUAAUUAAACACGACCACUUAUAUAUAUAUAAUUGGCGCGUACACCCUUUUUGGGUGUUUGGCCGAGCUCCUCCUCCUAUUUGUGGCAUGCGUUUUCAUAUUUUUCCACAAAUGGAGAGACCUGUGGUUUUAUGUCGCCUCCGAACGGCAGAUAUUUUUUAUGAGGAGCUUUUUCAUGGCAGAAAUACACUCGGAGGUUUGCCAUUGCCUGCCGAGGGUGACCGCUAUUAGAGAAAACUUUUUCUUAAUUUUGGUGUUUCACCGAGAUUCGAACCUACGUUCCUCUCUGAAUUCCGAAUAGUAGUCACGCACCAACCCAUUCCACAAAUGGAGAGACCUGUAGUUUUAUGCCGCCUCCGAACAGUAUAUGGUUUUUUAUGAGGAGCUCUUUCAUGGCAAAAAUACACUCGGAGGUUUGCCAUUGUCUUCCGAGGAGCGAUCGCUAUUGGAAAAACUUUUUCUCUCCUUUAGUGUUUCAUGCCCGGGCACUACCGAAUGGUAACCAAACCAUUCGGCUAGACGAUAUAAAUAUUGAAUGUAUUUAAUGAUGAAAAUAGUAAUUUUAGCGCUGGUAACUUUAAAUAACCCAAGAGAAAUUUAAUAUUUAAUAAAUCUAACGAAAAUGAUACUAAUUACUAUCACGACUAAAUGCUUUAUUCUGCUUUCUCUACUAUAAACUAUAAAACCAAAUAAUAUUCCUUAUUCAUACGCAACUGUAUGAUAAGAUUAUGUGAGCAAUUAGCAAGUAAAUGAAAACAUUACAGAAUAAUGAAAAGCUACAUAGCAUUUAUGGGCAUAAAUUGACAGCUUUGAAUUUUCGGCAUGAAUGUUAAGCAAUGAGAUAAGAUUUUCUUCAGUCAAAAACUAUUUCAGGCACCAUCAUUACUCCUGAAACUAAAUGCAAACGUUAUUGAAUUUAUUUUCGAAUUUUAAUAUGUAAAAAUGCCCAACCAAACAUAUUUGUAUUUAGUGACUAAUUUUAAUAUUUCUACUCAGUAUACUUUAGUUAUACGCUUAGUAUUUAUAACUAAUAUUAUUAAAAAAAAAAACAGAAAUUAUAAACCUACUAAAAGCAAACUAUGACACUCAAUAAGCAGCACUAAAUUAAAAAAAAAAAUUUUACUCAUGUUGAAAUCUGAUAUGUAAAAGUAACUGGGAAAAAAAUCGAAACCAACAAUUAGAUAAAAAAAACAGCAAUAUAUUUAAUGAACUCAAAAACAAAUAAACCAUAACAAUAAGAAGAAAAAAGGAAAAUGCGCACACACGUUUAUAAUUAAAGUCUAAAGAAUUUUGCAAAAUGCGGUAGUUUAUAUUAAUCACCGUUAAUAGGAUGAUUGAUAUCAAAACAAAAGCACAUAUCGCCGCUGAAAAUAUGGCUACGAUAAUGGCUUAAUACCGUCAGGAAAAAUUUCGAUAAAAUAUCAAAAAAACCUAUUGCUUAACACACUGAUUGUUAUAAU